UUUUACGUUAUUUUACGCAAACAGUCACUCUUCUUAAGUCAUACCUCUUGUGUAACGGAUUUUUCGAAGUUAGCAACUGGUCAGAAAAAGAUCAUAAAUAAUGGCAAGUGUGAAAGAAUAUGAAGACGUGGUGCUAUCAGGAAUAUCCGGGCGUUUUCCCGAUUGUGAGAGCAUCGAUGAGUUCGCAGACAAGCUGUUCGCUGGCGUUGAUCUCGUCACCGAGGACGAUCGUCGCUGGACGCCAGGUUUGUAUGGAUUGCCAAAGCGCAGCGGAAAACUAAAAGACCUGGCGCACUUUGACACAGCGUUCUUUGGAGUGCACCCUAAGCAAGCAGAAAAAUUGGACCCGCAGGCGAGACUGCUGUUGGAAAUCACACACGAAAUAAUGAUAGACGCUGGAUACAACCCCACAGAGCUACGCGGCUCUGACACUGGUGUUUAUGUGGGCCUUAUCCCGUCUGAAAGUUUUCACGCGUGGUUUCAAGACGAGAACCAAAUGAAUGGCUACGCCUUGCUUGGCUGCAGCAACGCUAUGAUACCCAACCGAAUUUCCUAUACAUUCGACCUAAAAGGACCGUCAAUAUCUAUGGACAUCGCAUGUGCGGGCUCUAUGCACGCAUUGGUGCAGGCCUGGAACGACAUCAGAGAAGGCCGUUGUGAUGCCGCUAUAGUCGCAGGCUCGAACCUCUGCCUUAACCCGGUCACAUCACUUGGCUUCCAUUAUUUGUCCAUGCUCUCACAAGACGGUCGUUGUGCCGCGUUUGAUGACAAUGGACGCGGCUACGUUCGUUCUGAAGCGGUUGUAGCAGUACUCUUGCAACGACGUAGCGCCGCGCGUCGUGUGUACUGCACUUUGUGCGGUGCGAGAACGAACAAUGAUGGUUAUAAGAAGGAGGGUAUCAGUUACCCCAACGGAGAUUUGCAGUACCGCAACGCGCUUAAGACUUUCGAAGAGGCUCAAUUGCGUCCGCAGGAUGUCGUUUACGUAGAAGCACACGGCACCGGCACUAAGGUGGGAGAUCCAGAGGAAGGAAAUGCGAUCACGAAGCUGUUCUGCAAGGACCGGCGAACUCCGCUGCUGAUGGGUGCCGUCAAGUCUAACAUGGGUCAUCCGGAGCCGGUCUCCGGGUUGUGCUCCGUUGCUAAAGUGGUAAUAGCAAUGGAGCAUGGUAUUAUCCCCCGAAGCCUGCACUACAAAACUCCAAAUACCGAAAUUCCUGCACUAAUUGACGGCCGCAUUAAGAUGGUGGUCGAAAAUACGCCAUGGCAAGGUGGCUUGGUGACAGUUAAUUCUUUCGGGUUUGGCGGAGCCAAUGGAAACUUGAUUCUCGAAGGAGGACUCGGAGACCGCCUACCCCCAUCCAAGUACCCGGCACCGCGCCUCGUGCUUGCCUCGGGCAGGACUGACCAAGCUGUCAAGCAGCUGCUACAGCUAGCCGCGUUACAUCCGCGCGAUUCGGAUCUUCACGCCCUGCUGGACGUCGUGCAUGCGCGCGCCAUACCAGGGCACCCUUACCGUGGUUACACCAUACUAGAUCCGGAGCGCGGUGCACCGACCGUUUUGGAGGUGCUCGAGACAGAGGGCGACUCACGCCCCGUGUGGUUUCUGUUCAGCGGCAUGGGUUCGCAGUGGCCCGGUAUGGCUCGAGAACUGAUGCGCCUGCCGCUAUUCGCUGCGAGUAUCGCGCGAUCUGCAUUGGCACUCGAUCCCUACGGUGUAGAUCUCAAGCAUGUGAUCACAGAGGCGCCGAAGUCAGCCUUUAACAACAUCAUCAACUCCUUUGUCUCCAUCGCUGCCGUGCAGGUGGCACUGGUAGACAUGCUGAGGGAGCUUGGCAUUCACCCUGACGGCAUAAUCGGACACUCUGUGGGUGAAAUCGGAUGUGCGUACGCGGACGGAACGCUAACAGCAGAACAAACAGUUUUGUGCGCAUACUGGCGCGGACGCUGUACGCUAGACUCCGUGCCAGCGUCGGGUGCCAUGGCUGCCGUUGGUCUCUCCUGGGAGGAAUGUGCCCGUCGCUGCCCCGGUGAUAUCGAGCUCGCCGCACACAACUCAACUAAUAACGUCACGAUCUCGGGACCAUCAGCGUCGGUAGAGAAAUUUAUGCAACAGUUGUCGGCCGACGGCGUAUUUGUGCGUAUGGUGGACACUGCAGGAAUAGCGUUCCACAGCUCGUACAUCGCGGGCGUCGCACCACUGUUACUCGAGCGUCUGCAGCAGGUUAUUCCUGAGCCCAAACCACGCAGUGUGCGCUGGAUCUCCUCUUCCGUACUACAGGAUCAAUGGGAUUCAGACUUAGCUCGACUAAGUAGCGCGGCGUAUUUCGUGAACAACCUGGUGUCUGUAGUGCAGUUCGCACCCGCACUCACACACGUACCGGACCGGGCAAUGAUGCUGGAAAUCGCCCCUCACGCGCUCCUUCAAGCCAUUGUCAAGCGUGCGAUGCCAGACGCUGUACACGUCCCUCUCGUAAACCGCAACGUACCCGACGCUCUCAUGCAUCUCCUUGCUGCCGUGGGAAAAACCUAUGGAACCUGCGCACAGCCUCAGGUGGCGAAUUUAUACCCGCGUGUUUCGUGGCCGGUGUCCCGCGGUACGCCUGGACUGGCGUCACAUAUCGGCUGGGACCAUCGCGUGGAGUGGACUGUAUGUGACUUAUUGAAGGUUAAACAGAAUAUCAUUGAGUGCGACCUGGAUAAGCCUGAAGAUUCCUUUAUUGCCGGACAUAGUAUUGAGGGCAGAAUCAUCUUUCCUGCGGCCGGAUACUUGAUGCUGGUGUGGCGUACGAUAGCGAAGAUAUUUAAAUUGGAAAUAGAGAAGAUGGCGGUGGUGUUCCAAAAUUUACAGUUUCGUCGAGCUACUAUUAUGUCACGCCUCACUCCAGUGCGUUUUAUUAUUUCGCUCUUUAGUGGUUCAGGCGAGUUCGAAGUUUGUGAGGGUGGUGAAGUGGUAUUUACGGGUUCGGCCCGAUUUACCGCCGACCCCGCCGCUGAACGUUUGCCAGUCGCUCUGCUAGAUGAUGAUAAUAGUGAACAAGAAUACGUGCCCUCGCUGACCUCAGAAGACAUUUAUAAACAGCUACGCCUUCGUGGAUAUAACUACAAAGACGAGUUUCGUGGUAUUAUAUCUUCAAACGCGCACGGCACGCGGGGCCAACUCAAAUGGGAAGGCAACUGGGUCUCUUUCUUGGACACGAUCAUCCAAUACUCCCUUUUAUGCAUCGAAAACAGUCUUUUAUAUUUACCGACCCGUCUGCAACGAGUAGUAAUCGAUCCCGCGGCGCAGAUUGCAGCUGCUAAAGAAGAUGGUUUGCCAGUGAAGGUUUACCGCAACUUAAACGUUAUUGUUUCGGGUGGAGUUGAGUUGCGCGGCUUGCAGAUUUCUUUGGCACCACGCCGCACCAAUAUUCAGGUGGCUCCCUUACUAGAGAAAUAUGUGUUUAUACCACUGGUAGCUAAGGAUGUUGAGAACAAUGCGCUUGGCGUCUCAGUGCAGCUGGCGCUCGAAAACUGCAACGUGUUUAAAUUGAAACUUACCGAGCAAGCGCACCGCAAGAUAGAGAAGGUGUUUUUACUCCCACGUGUAGUGCAAGUUUUAGAAUCUGUACCGGGGGUGCGCGUGGAUGCGACGCUGGUAGUGGAUGCAGGCUCACAACAGUAUGCUGCUACUAUGGAACCACUUGGAAUAAAGGUGGUGUCAAGCACUGCUUUACAGACCGAUUGCCACGUUGUUUUAGGCUCAAACAUCUUUUUACGGCACGAAGAACUAGCUGCAUUGGCAAAAGCAUGCAUUGCCAACGGUUUUGUGUUGCUAGAAGAGACGUUUCAAGAUCUGGAUAUGUCAUCAAUGCAGGCAACUGCUUCCAACGCUGGACUGACAUUGAUAUCUCGACGUCGCUCGGAAUCGUUUGAAUAUCUGCUACUGAAGCGCAUAGCCGCGAAGCCGGCGUCUAGAGUUGUUAUUGAAGUGCAAGAAAAUAACUACUCCUGGGUAGAUCAGUUGAAGGUCGCUAUGAAAAACUCUGAAACCGAGAACAUGCUUGUUUAUGUGUGGUCAAGCGCUGUUGAUUCUGGUGUGCUGGGCCUUGGGACCUGCUUGCGACGAGAGCCCGGAGGCGACUGCCUGCGCGUAUACUACCUGCCAGGAGCCACAGAACCUUUUGAUCCUGAUGCACCAGCGUACAGGGCGCAGGUGUGCCGAGAUCUGACAUUUAACGUACUGCGCGCCGGCGUUUGGGGUACCUACCGCCACUUACCGUUUGAUGACCCGACACAAGUCAAGCAAGAGGUGGAGCAUGCUUAUGUGAACACGCUAAUUCGUGGCGACCUGUCAUCGCUACGUUGGAUCGAGAGCGACCUGAAGUAUGCUGCGAGUGUACCGGCGCUGCACACCGAUAUAUGUCGUGUCUACUACUCGUCGCUUAACUUUCGCGAUAUCAUGCUCGCUACAGGCAAGCUGCAGCCUGACUCGCUACCCACCAAUGUCGCUCAUAAGGGGUGUAUACUUGGAUUGGAGUUUAGCGGAUAUUCAUCAACUGGCAAGCGCGUGAUGGGCUUGGUUCAAACAAUGGGCCUAGCAACCACCGUACAAGUCGACAAGACAUUCCUGUGGGAGGUGCCUGAGCAGUGGUCUCUGGAACAGGCGGCCACCGUGCCAAUGGCGUAUGCAUCAGCAUACUAUGCUUUGGUGAUUCGUGGGCGUAUGCAGCCUGGUGAAGCUGUGUUGGUGCAUGCAGGCUCUGGAGGCUUAGGCCAGGCUGCUAUUUCAGUCGCUCUGCAUGCUGGUUGUACAGUUUAUACCACCGUGGGCUCACCUGCAAAACGUGCCUUCCUGCGCGAGCGCUUCCCGCAACUGCCAGAUGCUAACAUUGCCAAUUCGCGAGACUCCUCAUUUGAACAAGUUGUAAUGCGUCGUACAUGUGGUCGUGGCGUCGACCUUGUGCUCAACUCACUUGCAGGCGACAAGCUUCAGGCAUCAUUGCGCUGUCUCGGCAUUGGUGGUCGCUUUCUCGAAGUCGGAAAGUUUGAUUUGAGCGCAAACACGGCGCUCGGCAUGGCUGUGCUGCUGAAAAACACUACAGUUCACGGCGUCUUAUUGGAUGUAUUGUUAAGUGAUAGCGAAGAUAGCCCAGAGAAGGCGGAAUUAAGACGAUGCGUAAGAGAAGGCAUUGCGAACGGCGCUGUUCGCCCAUUGCCCGUCAAUAUAUUCGACUAUGACCAGGUCGAGAAUGCCUUCCGGUUCAUGUCGACGGGCAAGCACAUAGGCAAGGUAGUGGUACGCGUGCGCAAAGAAAAACCUGAGAGUAACAUAUUGACAAAACAACUAUUGCCAGCUAUUCCACAUGCGUACAUGCACCCUGGGAAGAGCUACGUGCUUAUCGGUGGGCUGGGUGGUUUCGGUCUGCAGUUAUGCGAGUGGAUGAUAGGCCGCGGUGCACAAACGGUUAUGCUUAACUCACGCAAAGGCGUGAGCACUGGUUACCAAUCUUGGUGUGUCCGCAGAUGGCGGGCCGAGGGUGUUCGCGUGUUGAUUUCAAGUGCAGAUGCAACGACAGAGGCUGGGGCGCGCGCUCUGCUGCAGGAAGCAUCUUCAGCUGCGCCUGUUGGUGGCAUCUUCAACCUCGCCGCUGUGCUGCAUGAUGCAAUCUUAGACAACCAGACACAAGAUACCUUCAGUGCUGUCGCCAAACCUAAGAUUGAGGUGACGCGCAACCUGGAUAAGCUAUCACGUUUGUUGGCACCGGAAUUAGAUCAUUUCGUAACAUUUUCUUCGGUGGCAUGUGGGCGGGGCAACGCGGGCCAGAGCAACUAUGGUUACGCCAAUAGCUCCAUGGAACGGCUGUGUGAGCGGCGGCGCGCGGACGGGUUACCGGCGCUAGCGAUACAGUGGGGUGCCAUCGGCGACGUGGGACUAGUAGCUGCCAUGUUUGCAGAAGACGCAGAAAUUGGAGGCACAGUGCCACAGCGCAUCGCAUCGUGCUUGGAUACGCUGGGUACACUGCUGCUUGCGUCGCAAGCUGUAGUCUCAUCCAUGGUGCUGGCUGAUCAGCGGCGCGCCAAAGAGAAGCCAGCGCAGAGCCUUGUGCACGCUUUGGCUAAUGUACUCGGUAUCCGUGACGUCAACAACGUGUCUUCGACUGCGACCCUGACGGAGUUAGGACUGGACUCGUUGAUGCUCGCAGAGACCAAGCAGGUGCUCGAACGCAAUUACGACGUGGUGCUCGGUGCGGAGGAGAUCCGCGCACUCACUUUCGAGAAACUUCGGAGCAUGGCUAUUGAAGUCGACAGCACGGCGAAGGACAACGUUGUAGCGUAAUGAGCCUUUGCUUGGAGGGGAAAGUUAUUUAAUUUGUGUUAGCUUCCAAUAACAUUUAGGUUAUUUUUGUAUGUUUUGUAUUUAAAAUAUAUGAUUUGUAAAUUUUUUAGCAAGUAAUAGUACAUUGUGCAGCAAGGGAGGUAUAAGGGAGUCAUACCUCUGCCUUACCUCCUGAUACACACAAUGUUUUUCAUCACAUUUGAGAGAAAAAUACAAAAAAAAAGCCAUAUGGCAAAACCUCAAGCAAAACCUUCAACGCAACGUCGGCGCAAA